CCUGUGGAAAAUUCGAAUAAGUUAGGAGAACCAACAAAGAAAUUCGAUAAUAUAACGCAAUUAAUAAUACCAAGGCCAGUAUUUAAUAAAGAGACAACAUUGCCAGUGUAUCGAAAGUCCGACACGUGGGAAAG